UUCCUUUUUUUUUUUUUUAAAUAACUUUAUUUUCGUCCGUCGUUUUAGCUUUUUUCAGCUCGCCGUUUUCUAGGUUGGUUUCUUUCUCUUUUCUCUCUCCAAAUUCAGCAUAAUUUCUAAUUAUUUCUUCAGUGAUCACUGCAAUUUUUGGUAAUAAUUUGUUCUGUUGCUUGUAUUUUUGCAAAGUACCCAUCUUUAUAUUUUUCUGCAUUUUUUCUCCAUUUUUUCUCCAUUUAUGUGAUUGAAGUUAGAUUCUUGUGUUAAUUACUCAUGUGGGUGUUCAUUUUUUUGUUGAUUUAAGUUGUAGAUUUUUUAGGAGUGCUAUUUUAACUUCAAAGUUUUAGUGGGUUAAUGGUAAAUUUAGUUCAAUCCUUUUUUUUGCGGAAAAUCUAAUGUAGUGAGUGCUGAAAGAAGUAGACUUGGGGUUCUUUUUGUUGGGAUUUUCGUGGAUUUUGUUGAUUAAUGGUGUGAUUUGGUUUGUGGUUGUUUAUUUUUAUGGAAAAAAUUGUUGGGUUUUUUUUUUUCUUCUUGAUUUGCUUAGCUAUUUCUUGGUUUAGUGACUAGGUUUUUAGGGUUUUUUUUGUAGAUAACUUAGCCCCUGACUUUUAUAACUUAAUUAAUUAUGGUUAGAUACUUGCUUUUGUAGGAUAAGACGAUUAAAUAUUGUUUUUUUGUUUUCUAGAGAAAAGGAUAAACGGGGUUUAAAUUUAGGUUUAAUUGAGCAGACUUUUCUUGGGAUGUCUUGGUAGAUUCUCCUUUAGUGCUGGUUGUUAAUAACCAGGGUGAGAAAGCAUAGUAUUAUUUGAAUUUCCUUGCUGGUUCCCUAGGUUAUUCUACUGCUAAUUAUAGCUUUGGUUUGUGUUUUCACUAGAGUAUAAGGCUGUCAAGGCAAACAAACAAAUCACUGUACAUCCGAGCGACUUGGGUAAACUAGAGCUUUUGGAUUGGGUAGUUUGUUAUAGUGUUGGGUUUUGAUUACAUUAUCUGUUCCACUAUUGUGUUUGCGAGGUAUUCUAUGAGGACUCUAUUAUGGGUUUCUGUGUGUAGCUCUACUUGAGGAAAUUGGGUAUAUUUUUUGGUGAAAAGUGGGGAAGUCAGGCGUGGCUUUGGAGAGCUAUUUGGAUUCCAGCCAUCAGGGGUCGGUGCCGCUCAUGGCACCUUCUCGGGUGGCUGGAGGACUGUCUCAAUCUUCAGCAAGUUCUGGUAUUUUUUUCCAAGGAGAUGGACAAUCUCAGAAUGUAAUUAACUCUCACUUGAGUUCGUCUUUUGGGAACUCUGCCAAUUCAAUUUCUGGAACAGGGCGCUCGAACCUAGGCCCAGUUUCUGGUGACGUGAAUCAGACAGUUUUGAAUAGUGUGGCAAAUUCAGGGCCAAGUGUUGGAGCUAGUUCUUUGGUCACUGAUGCAAACUCAGCCUUCUCAGGAGGUCCCCAGUUGCAAAGAAGUGCCAGCAUCAACACAGAAUCCUACUUACGAUUGCCAGCAUCACCAAUGUCAUUUUCAUCCAAUAAUAUUAGUGUUUCUGGUUCCUCUGUGAUAGAUGGACCAACAGCGGUGCAGCAGGGUUCUCAUCAUGACCCUAAUUCUCAGCAAGCUAUUCAGAGUCAACAGCAGUAUCCUCAAGGGGCAUCUGGUCCUUCAUCAUUGCAAGGAUCUCAAACAGGCCAACUCCCGCUUUCAAUGGGUUUAAGGAUUCCCAACUCAUUCAUCCAAGACCCUGCUAAUUUAUCCCAUCUGCAGAAGAAACCACGGCUGGAUGUGAAGCAAGAAGAUAUCUUGCAGCAGCAGGUUUUUCAUCAGUUGCUGCAGAGGCAGGAUCCAAUGCAGUUGCAAAGCCAUAACCCACAGUUGCAGGCUAUCCUUCAGCAGCAGAGACUACGACAACAGCAACAAAUGUUGCAGGCAAUGCCACCAAUGCAGCGUGCUCAGUUACAGCAACAGCACCAGCAACAACAGUUGAGACAGCAUCUUCAACAACAACAAAUGGCUGCCAUGAAGAAUCCUUAUGACACUGGAGGUGUAUGUGCGCGCCGUCUGAUGCAAUACCUGUAUCAUCAGCGGCAACGACCACAAGAAAAUACUAUUGCCUAUUGGAGGAAAUUUGUGGCAGAAUACUAUGCUCCCCGUGCUAAGAAAAGAUGGUGCUUGUCUCUAUAUGACAAUGUUGGACAUCAUGCAUUAGGGGUUUUUCCGCAAGCAUCUAUUGAUGCUUGGCACUGUGACAUAUGUGGCUCCAAGUCUGGAAGAGGGUUUGAGGCAACAUUUGAAGUACUCCCUCGGCUCAAUGAAAUCAAAUUUGGCAGUGGUGUGAUAGAUGAGCUUUUGUUUGUCGAUUUGCCCCGUGAACGUAGAUUUGUUAACGGCAUAAUGAUGUUAGAAUACGGAAAAGCUGUUCAAGAGAGUGUAUAUGAACAACUUCGUGUCGUUCGUGAGGGUCAGCUUAGAAUUGUAUUCACCCAGGAAUUAAAGAUCUUAUCGUGGGACUUCUGUGCACGGCGUCAUGAGGAGUUACUUCCUAGGAGGCUUGUUGCGCCCCAGGUAAACCAGCUGCUUCAGGUAGCACAGAAAUGUCAAAGCACGCUUGCUGACGGUGGAUCUGAAGGAGUUUCUUCACAAGAUCUACAAACAAACAGUAAUAUGGUUGUAACAGCUGGUCGUCAGCUUGCUAAGAGCUUGGAGUUACAAUCACUCAAUGACUUGGGAUUCUCUAAAAGAUAUGUUAGGUGUCUGCAGAUUGCUGAGGUUGUUAAUAGCAUGAAAGACCUCGUAGAUUUUUGCCGGGACACUAAAGUUGGGCCUAUAGAGGGCUUGAAAAGUUAUCCCCGACAUAGCUCUGCAUCCAAGCUGCAGAUGCAAAGGAUGCAGGAAAUGGAGCAGCUUGCUAGUAAUAUUCAGGGUCUGCCCACUGACAGGAACACGAUCAAUAAGUUCAUGUCAAUGCAGCAGCCAGGGAUGAAUAACUCCUCUAACAUGGGCAAUAACCCUAACAUGGUUGUCAAUAACCGAGGUGCACUAAGUGGCCCUGCAGCAGCUUCCUUAGCACUGACCAACUACCAGAGUAUAAUGAGACAAAACUCCAUGAAUUCAAGCCCUAAUUCACUUCAACAGGAAGCAUCUUCAUCUCAUAACAAUCACAAUCAAAGUCCAUCUUCGUCUUUCCAAGGGGUUUCUAGUGUCCUUCCAGGAUCAAUGCAAAACUUACCAGUAGGUGGCGGGUUUUCAAACCCGCAAGUGGGUGCUCAGCAGCAGCAGUAUCGCACUGUGAGUGGUAAUGGUUUACCUCAACAGAAUCAACCACUGAAUAAUCAACAGCCAUCACAUGGAAACCAGGCAUUGCAGCAGCACAUGAUCCAGCAGCUGCUGCAGGAUAUGUCUGGAAAUAAUACGUUGGGACAACCAAAAACCCUUAACGGGCAAAUGAUGAAUGCAAAUGCAGCUGCAAGUGGGUUGGGAUAUGGAAGCAAUGGUACACCGGCAACACCAGCUGCAUCGAGCAAUAUUUCAGGAGGUGGGCCCCCCAAUCUGACUAAGAGUAACAGUUUUAAAGGUCCUUCAAACAGUGACUCUUCAGCAGCCGGAGGUGGUGGUUCAAACGGUGGAUAUAAUCAGAAAGCACCAGAAAUGCCACAAAAUCUACGAUUGACAGAUGAUAUGGUUCCAGAUUUGCCCCAUGAUUUUGCAGAUAACGGGUUUUUCGGGAGUGAUCUUGAUGACAAUAUGGGCUAUGGAUGGAAGGCCUGAGGAAGUUCCCAUACAGGCUAAUGGACUAACUGCUGGUUGAUUCUCAUUUGGCACAUCUUAUUAUUGGUGCUCAGGAAUCAUUGUACAGGAUAUUGAGAUAGUUUAUCAAAUUCUACUUUCCUUUUUUGGGGGUUUAAAUUCAGGAGUCCUUUUUUCUUUUAUAUUCUAGUACCACAAUAGUAUAACAUCAAUCUGUCCUGGGUUUUUCUGAUUUCAAGUCUUGGAAGUGUAAUUUAUCAGACAAAACCUAUUGCUUCAGUAAUGUGGUAGCUUCACAGUUUAGUUGGCUUUCUGAAAA